AUGAGUGAUGAAAAAGAGAGGCGCGGAUGGAAUGAAACAACAAAAAGUGAGGCAUUGUUAGCACUUCCGAUCACCAGAUGUCCACCACGAUUCGAUGCGAUAACUCAAGCACACAAUGGUCGAACGUAUUUGUUUUCGAUGGAUCGAGUGUAUGAGAUGUGGAUGCAUGAAGGACUGCAACAAAAGGCAUCCUAUAAAAUUGACGAACUGUUCGUGAAAGGUCCACGCACAGUGACAGUCGCCUAUACGAAUCAUAGAACUGGCGUGACAGUUCUCAUUGAGCACACCAACGUCUACAGAUUCAGAUGGAAUAGAAAACUCAAAUUAUUCAAAGUAUUGUGA